CAACCAAGAAGAUCAAUUUUAAGCUCAGGGACAGAUGUGGAGGUGAAACUCGAAUUAGAAAGACUGUGUGAUGUUUGGUUUCCCGCACUCAUAAUUAAAGAGAACGAGGAUGCUACUUACUUGGUGAAGUAUCAGAACUCAAGGAAUGGCGAAAGAGUUGAGGCUAAAAUUACUGUAGAUUCUCUUCAUGUCAGACCAACCCCUCCUCACUAUGUUGAUAGAAAUUAUGAGCUGCUGGAAAGUGUGGAUACAGUCUGUGGUUUUGGAUGGCGAGCUGGGGUAAUCACCAAAGUUCUCUCUGAUAAGAGGUAUACUGUGUUUUUCAAGCAUGGAAGUGAGGAUAGGGAAUUUAGUCACUCAGAUUUAAGGCCUCAUUUGGAAUGGACUGAUGGCAAGUGGGUUAGCAAUUCCAAGGAAGUCCUGAUAGCUCCAAGUGAUCAAAAGCAAAUGGGGUAUCUCAAUGAUCGUUUGAAUAAUGCAUACAAUCCUAUACAACUUGGAAGUCCAUGUGGUGCAGAGGAUAACACUGUAGAGAAGACUCCUUGCUCCUCAACCAUAAGAAAUAAGUUGAUGGGUAAGUGGAUGGAGCUGUCUAGUCCUUGCCAUGGAAAUGAGGCGUUGCCAUCACAGAAGAAGACGAUGAAGCUGACAGCUUAUGAUGAAAAUGGUCACAAUUCAUGCUCUCCCAAUCAGUUAAACGAAGGAUAUGUUGCGGAGGCUCCAUUAUCUGUAACGACGACUAAGUCAAUGAACACUCCAAAGAGAACAUCUAGCAAACAAGUACUUCGUGGUUUUGCCACCAUAAGGACAGCGAAUCCAGGAGUUAGAAGCUCAAGAAAAUCCAUGAUCACUAAUCAACCAUCUGCUAAGAGUGAAAGCUCAUAUGUGGUUAUGACAGUUAAGGCAAAGCGACAAAAAGCUGGAGGAUUAGGCUGUCGAACAGUAAAUAUUGCCGGGAGAGGAAGUCUCUCACAAUCAUUAAUCAACUCACCAGAUCCAGCGAUAGGCAAGGAGGGCAGAGCUGGAAUUGAAGCUGCCGACAAAAUUAGUGGAGAGUUUAAAGUGGAAGCUGAUAUACCUGUCAUUAUAGGUCUAAAAGCCACUGAUUGUCUACUGGCUGGAAAGCCUAGUGAAAUCCCUUCUAAGGAUUUGCCAAGGUUAACUGACCAAGACUUACACAGUGCAGUGGGGGAAAAGAGCAUGGAAAUUAAGGAAGAGAAACCUGGAGGAAGCAGUCAAAGAAGAAAGAGGGGAAGGCCACGGAAAUUAGUAAUUGCAAGGCCAGAUGCUCCGGAAUAUGGUAAGGAAUACAAAGGGCCUGGAAGCGCAGCUGCUGAAAUUGUUGUAAAAGAUCGUAUAACUAAUGAAGUUGAAUUGCCCAGAGCGACAGGGGUGGAGCCUGCAGGUAACAUAGGAUUGCAACUUCCUGAAAUUUGUUUACAGUUUUCUCACGUGGAAGAUCAAAAUCUUGCAAUUGUUUGAUAAGCUUUUGAUUUA